GAGUAUACCAUAUGUUUAUAAAGCCUUUUCUCGUGAGCGAUUCGGAACUUGAUAUUUCAAAUCAUUGUUGCAUAUUACACGAGUGACAACAUUCAUUUAUAAGUAAUUGUAACUAUAUAGGUCUUCACGACGCCAGCAGUUACUCGCGCGAAUCUCUUCAGCUGUUCUGAUAAUUUCUCGUAGUGUUUUAGUAGCUUAGAGAUCUACUCGUGCCUUAUUGCAAGAACAUUUCAACCACACUUCUUAAAAAAAAAAAAACGCUAUGUGAAGAAAAAAUACGAUACAGCUUCUCCGAUGCCGAAUGGGUAUUGGAAUCUAGUCAAGUCUAUUAAUUACGAAUAGCAUCUUCGCUAAGAAUGAAAUGAUCAUGUUGCGGUAGAAGAACAAAAUUUUGUGUGUUUUUUACCUUGAAAAGUAUUGAGGGUAGAAAGUGUUUGAACUACUAUGGCUGAACACCCAUUGCAUAUUUAUGCAUCGCUAUGGGAAAUUAUUUAUUUCUAGGUUCAAAUACAGUGCUAAUACUGACGAAUUACGCUUGAUCGCUACAUAUAAGAAGGCAAAGUUCGUACGUGUGAUGUUUCCUGAUAACAAGUAACGGAAGCGGGGGUGCGCUCAGUCAAUGACCACUUACAUGAGUGCGUAGGUUGCCUGGUUUUGUUUUAUCAGUGAUACGACGAAGUCGUGAGAUCAUGGACGUAAGUAGAUUAGCUUUGUAUGAUUGUGAACUAUUCUUCAAAUUAAUUAUUAAUGUUUUAUCUAAUUUAUUGCAUUUUCAUCAAAAUUUUCCGUAAUACGUCGGUCCUGUCAAGAUGGAAACCAAAAAAUUUUACCGUUCUUCCGGAAAAUUUGUGGUGGACACCAACUUCUUAGUUGGGGGUUAGUGAAGAGAUUAGUGCAAAGAUCAUGAAAAUGACAUAUAAAUCUACGAUUUGAGUAGCUUGAAUUGACACACCUGGAAAAAAUUCGGAGUGGAGGUUUGAAUCUCUGGUUGUAAAUGGCAUGUCUCUUGUAUAGCUAGUAGAUUUACUCUGAAAAAGUACCGACUCUGAAAAAGUUUUGUGAGAUCACGAAUUGCUCUCACUAUUCAUAGAAGACAUUAUUUUGUUCUUGAAACGUAUAACUAGUGUAGAACCAAGUCGGGGCUGAUUCGUCGAACAAACUAUAUUUUAUUCGAUAUAUUUUCGAUAUUAUUAAAAAAGCGACUUAUGAAAUUAUGUAAACUUGAAAUAAGUAAACGUUCAACUUUAGAGUAUUACACAAUUAGGCAUGCAAAGUGCUGAGAGUGACCAAUGGAGUUUGACGUUCGGCGUGGUAGAACAAUUCUACCUCAGACUCACUCUGAGCAAAUCCGGAAACUGACGACGCUUUAUCCUGGAGCCGAUAACGUGAACGUAGCGAUGAGAAAUCUGGUCUUCACGCAGCCGAGCGUGCUGCUGUGAACCUGUUUUUUUUUAUGAUUUGUAAGUAUUAAAAUGGACUCCAUGACCUACGAAGAGCUAUUUAACAGUGUCAAUACUCGUUCAACCAGUGGAACAGUGAAUGACUUGAUUAUAUCGACGAGAUUAAUCGUGUGGUGUUCCACCAAAUAACUCAUUAUCGAUCAUUCUUUCUUGCGUUUGGUGCUCCUCCGUAUCUGGUGCUCGUGGUUCAGAAAUUGCAUCGUUAUGACCUCAAGUUUGCGCAGUAUGGAGCUGUCGUGCGAUUAAAGCGCCUAAUCCAUGGCGCAUUAGAAGCGUUGCCACCACACGUGUUGUUCCCGCCCCGCAAUCGUGGCGUGUGCAGUCAUCACCAUGUCCUCCAGUGGCGCCCCUGGAAAAUCUUCUUCAGGGCGGCUCUCGAGGUGGCGCAAUAUCGUCAACCGCUUGAGAAGAGGUGCGCGCCACCCCUCCUCCUCCGGCAUGGGGCGGCCAGGCUUCUACAUCAACGGCGACAGCGACCCACCCCCGUCGUUGGAGGAGAUCAGAGCGUGGAGUGAAUCAUUCGAUCGACUCAUGCGCAACUCAAGCGGUCGCAGAGCGUUCAGCGAGUUCCUGAAGUGCGAGUACUCGGAAGAGAACAUCCUCUUCUGGCAGGCCUGCGAGGACCUCAAACUCGAGACCAACCCUGCCGUCGUCGAGGAGAAGGCCCGCCUCAUAUAUGAGGAUUAUAUUAGUAUAUUGUCACCUAAGGAGGUGUCGCUGGACUCGCGUGUGCGCGACAUCGUACACCGGAACAUGCGAGCGCCCACGCCCCACACCUUCGACGAGGCGCAGUCUCAGAUCUACACUUUGAUGCACCGCGACUCGUAUCCUCGCUUCAUCAAUUCUUCCAGUUAUAAAGAACUUGCUCAGUUGACCAGUAAUUGCAGUAGCGCAGGCAGAAAAGAAAGCACCUCCAGAAAGGAUAGUGCAACAUAGCUUACCCAUUUUACAUCUUGUUUGAUAUCAGCUGACCUAACUUAAGAUAACAGAUGGUCUACAUUGGCUCAGAUGGAGCCGCUGGUCGUGGUCACGGCCAUCAAUGGACGCGUGCUUUAUGAAUUUCGAGGACGUCUGCAUCGACGUCUUGCUUCUGUCAAAUUUUUCUUCAUUUGUCAUUUAGUCGCUUCAUUUUGUGCUAGUUUUGCCAUUAUUUGAGAUGUUCAGAAAUUGCCGUAGUGCUCUUUGAAAACUUGUGUUGAACGAUUUUAACAAUCGUUAGGCUCUUUUUGAUAGUGAAUUUUUCCCGGCUACUGCUUAUUUAUAAGCCAUCAAGUAGACAAGCAAAUGAUAUUACGAUUGUUUAUUCGAAUUGUUAAUGAUUCAGAUGAAUUCGAAAAUACUAAUUGAGUCAAGGAUACCAACAUUCCAAACCAGUUGUCUUUUCGGUCAUUAUUCCGUCACCGUUAAUGCCAUUAAUAUCGUGAUGGUUAAUAUUAUUUACUUCAAUGCCGUGACCAUUGAUGUCGUGACCAUGAAUUACCAUGAGAUGCACUGCCGACAGUUUGUCCACGCACUGCGAGAGUGUAACGAGUUGCUCGUGACGUACAGCUUUCGACAAAAAAAAUACCCUCAACAAACUAAUUGUUUCCCAUACUUGUAAAUACUCAUCAAAAUAUUAGCCAAAUUUAUUAACCUGAAUGUAAAUUCUGGUAAUAUUACAAAUUUCGAAUUCGGUCGACAUUUAUAACAAGUUUUUAUGUUGAAAUUUCGAAUUUUAUUGAGUGAUUUAAGAAGCUGUUUACAAUUAAUAAAUUGAUGGCCCAAUAGCCUCGAAGUUUCCCAGUAAAAACGAGCAAAUUUUCUUGAAAAUCAGAUCAAGUGACCUGAAGUGAGGCACAUUUUUUUCCGCGCUCCUGCCGACUUAUUCCUGUAGUCUAAUAGUCCACUUAAUGUCGUUCUCAAAAGACAUACUAAAAAAAGUUAUUUUCUAACACCCUCUCACUACUUAUAAACUUUAAAAUCCUGUCAAAGAAGCUGUACGUUACCAGCAAAUCAGGUCAACUCUUGAGUUUGUGACAGCCUCGAUCUUUCGAUAUCUCCAUUUCUCUUGACGUCUUUAUAUUGUAAUUAUUGCAAUGAUUGUCUCAAUGGUUGUUAAGUGAUAGAUGAGACGACAUCUGCUAACGUUAGGCUCGUAAAAGUUCUGUUUACAUCAAUAAAUUCGUAGCAAGUAGCACCCCGAUGUUCUCCCUCAUCACGUCUGUAUUUAUUACAACCCUCAUUCCUAUAUACACUCAGAAAAAUGAGUGAGACGUUGUCCAAACAGCGAUGCACUCUCUGUUUAUGUGCGGGUCAUCCUCAUACAGUUUGGUCCGGCAUAUAAGUGCGGUGUUUCAGUGCUACGUACCUGCAGAGAGUGUGUCACUUAUUGAACAACAUAACUCGUUCAUUUAUGUUAUUAUCCUACUUCAGCCUCCGAGACGAGACUGGUGAUGUUCGGUCUCUUCAUAAUAUCACUGAACACUCCUUCGCUUUAUGCCUUUUUGCCUUCAUGAACAGUUGCUUCACUUUAUUUUCAGACGAAUCUUCCUUCAAACCGAGCUUAUGUGAUGAACGAAUUACUCGGUGAAUCAAUUUCUUUAAUUAAAUAAUUUGCUAGAAUGAUUCUGGU